AUUAACAAAGCUGUUCGUUUUUUGGAGACUCCUACUCUGCCACAGGCAACGAUUGGGACCCCGAAAACAUCUGUUGGAGAUAUCCUUAUGGCACCACCUUUCCAGGCAAGCCCAGUGGCCGUUACUCCGAUAUGGUCGUGUCCUCACUGAUUUCAUUGGUAUAAUUUUUACAUACCCUUCAAUAUUACUUUCCUUUUUUCCCGUAAAUGUGUGAUCCAAUUUCACAAUCGGGCAAUAUAAAUAAAGUAAUGAUGAGUAUAUACAGUAUAAACGACUUACACGUAAUUAUGUGUUUCACACGUGAUUAGAUUAUGUAUAUUAUACACUCGUUUUAUACAAGAAUUUCGUUUUUAUUUGUUAAAACUAAUGUAAAUAUGCUAAAUCCUUUAAUCAAUUAGUUUUGUAUUUGACCAAAAAAAUAAAAAUAAAUUAGUUUUGUAGUUCAGUCAGUCUAGCCAAUAUCUUAUCUUGUGUAAUAUUUAUAUUGACAGCCAAGUUCAUACAAGACUCCCAUCCCAUGCCCUACAAAUUUAGAAAAUAUAUGUGUAGCUGCUGAUAGUUUGAAAUACGAAAUAAAUUUCGCCUAUGGAGGUAUGCGUGUGACAGAUAUCUCAGGUAUAUAUGGACCUAAAUAUGACCAGACAGAUUCACUUAUUUUAGCGGCUCGUCUAAAAUCUUAUAAUAUCAUAUUGACAGUUUAAUUGUAUUUGUUAAUAUAAAUGAACAAGAAGCAUGUGUUCAAUAAUAUCUUUGACCAUCACUUGUUAAUAGGUGUCAUGACUUUAAUUAGGGAAACAGAAGCUCAAAGCACCCAUCUAAAAAAAUAAAAGAAAGAUGCAGGUGUUAAAAUCCAAGACCAAAUCCAUUCAUAAAAAAAGCAGUUUAACUAACUUUUGCUCCUCUUCCUUGUUUAUUUUAUGAAGUACUAUGUGCUGACAUUUGUAUAUACCUACCGCAUUAAGUUCAACUCCCGCCAAGAAUUGCAGCCACUCCAACUACCAAAGAAAAGCACUCUUCUCUUAAAUAGCACCAUAGUAACUCUCCACGUACCACAAAUCACUAUUUCUUAGAAAAACCAACCUCAAACAGAGACAUAAGGACUAGCCAAAAAAAUCAACAUGGCGUGUGUUCUGUGUUCAUCAACUGCACUGGCAGAGAAGAUUUUGUGGUACUGUGCUUUGUUCUUGGCGCUGAUUCUGGUUCUCAGCUGCUGCGAAUGGAGCAAAAGCGAAUUCACGGCGAAGGUGGUCCAACUCCAAAGGGAUCAUUUGAACAAGCCCUGUGAUGAAAUUUAUAUGGUUGGUGAAGGAGAGACAUUGCAGACCAUAGUUGAAAAAUGUGGAGACCCCUACAUUGUUGAGGAGAACCCACAUAUCCAUGACCCUGAUGAUGUUAUCCCUGGCUUGCUCAUUAAGAUUACUCCAUUAAUCAAACUAAGGUAGAAUGUAUAUUAUUACUAUAUUUCCUCUUCUCCUUUAAUUGUAAGCUUAUAGUAUUUGGUAUCAACAUGAUGAUGAGGGGCUAAGUGCCUUAGGUUAAGGUACCAUUAUCUUGAUUACCAUGAGGCUGAAUAUGUAAUUCUAAUGAAGGGCUUGUUUGGGAGUGAUUUUGGUAGGGCUAGAAUCACUUAUGGGGAGAAGUACAUGGUGAUAAACCUAAUCCAAACUUGAAGUGAUCUCCUGCUGCUAAGCCUUAUCUGUGUUUACUAUUAUAUGUUAUAGUUAUCUUGUAUAGGAUAAAUACCUUAUUGAUAAUUAUCUUGUAAAGAGUUUGUCUCCAUGUAAACUUGUUAACCCUCUGUACAUGAAUUCUAUAUAAACACAUGAACUGCUCACCUAUCAA